AUGAAACUAAAAACUCGAAUUUGCAAAAGAAGUUCGAUAAAAAGUACGGAAACGUCACAGGAGCGAGGCAAGGAAUCCUCCAACUAUCCUUUGAGUUGUGUGGACUGGAGCAGCAAUGAGGAAAUCUACUUUGUCAGCGAUGAUCAUCAGAUCUACAAAUGGAGCGAUGUAAGCCGCGAUUCUGUGGAGGUUGCCAAGUUGCCGGAUGAUUUCAUACCCACAGACUUGGAUUGGUUACUUCUCGGAGGGCGCAGCAGUGGAGGGGGCAAAGGCAGUGACACUCUCCUCAUCUCCAGCAAUGAUGGACGCUUCAUAAUCUUGAAUAAAAGUGCUCGAGUUGAACGCAGCAUUUCCGCCCACACGGCGGCAAUUAGUUCCGGUCGCUGGAGUCCAGAUGGAGCUGGUCUCUUGACCGCUGCCGAGGAUGGAGUGGUCAAGAUCUGGUCACGUUCUGGUAUGCUACGUUCAACAGUUAUACAAAGCGAUGAGGCAAUUCGAUGUGCUCGCUGGUCUCCGAGUUCCACGGCAAUUGUCUUCAGUCAGGGUGGUCACAUUUCUAUAAAACCACUGGCAGCCAACAGCAAGUUAAUAAGGUGGCGGGCACAUGAUGGUCUGGUACUCUCGCUCAGUUGGUCGUCCCAGUCAAAUAUCAUUGCUUCUGGCGGGGAGGACUUUCGCUUUAAGAUCUGGGAUGCCCAGGGAGCCAAUCUAUUUAGCAGCGCCGCCGAGGAAUAUGCCAUCACAAGUGUGGCCUUCAAUCCGGAGAAGGAUUAUCUGCUAGUUGGCACCUUCAAUAUGCUCAAACUCUGUCACAGCACGGGAUGGUCGUAUAGUAGUGCUCGUUUCACCUCACCAAAUGUGGGCUCAUUUCACACAUUAUCCUGGUCGUCGGAUGGCACUCAGGUGGCAUGUGGCACCUCCACUGGUCAGCUUAUUGUGGCUUAUGCGGUGGAGCAACAACUCAUCUCACGUAAUCUGAAGGCAACGAGCACAAGUCGCAAAUCGAUUGCCUUGCAGGACAUUGCCAAUGGCACAAACGAUGUCCUCGACUUUCCACAGCGUGUCAUCAAUUUCGCCCUGGGUUAUGGCCAUCUCGUGGUGGCCACAACCCACCAACUGCACAUCUACAACGAGAAAUAUGUCAACACGCCGAUUAUAAUUGAUGGUCGUAACGAUGUUCGGAUCAUUGAAGUGGCCAAAAAAUACUUUAUGGUGGUUGAUGCCAGCUCUAUUUGGGUUUACACCUAUACGGGUCGCCUCCAUCUGAAUCCACGUUAUCCUGGCUCACAGGCUCAGUUGCCGCUGCUCAAUUGGCGCUGCAUUUCCCUUGGCUUGGAUGUGCUCGCCAUACGUGACAGCUCGGAGACAUCAUUGCUCCAUUUAUUUGAUUUGAUUCCCGGAGCAUCGCGACAGUAUGAGCCUCAAUCGCUGCGGGCCAAACAACAGUUGGCCGAGAUCGCCGCCUGUCGUGCUGGAAAUUCGGAUGAUCAGUUUAUUGCCUUUAUCGACAACAAUCGCGAGCUGUUCAUCAGUGAGACGAGGAACCUAAGUGGAGGAUCCUCAAACGGAUCAAAUGAUAGGUUGAUAGGUGCAACCGACGAGAUCUACAAAAUUGGCACUCAAUUGACGUCCAUAAAAUGGGCCAGCGAAACGAACAUUUUGGUGGGUGUACACGAUUCCUGCUACAGCAUUUGGUAUUGUCCUGGCGAGGGAGCUGCCGAUCCCACGAUCAUCGCUCUAACCACAAUAACACUGGACACUGCUGAGUUUGGCAAACACGUUGCCAUCGAAAGCUUUGAGGAUGCCAUUAUAACAUUUCGCUGUGCCGGCGCCUUGCUGCCUGUGAAUGUCAACAUCUACUGCGAGGUGCUGCAUCGCUCCCUACAGGAGGGACAGUGGCAACAGGCAUUGAAAAUCUGUCGCCUGGCGCAGCAUACAAGUCUGUGGGCAACCCUUGCUGCAGUGGCCACCAGAAAGCAUCAGUUGCAGCUAAGUGAGGAGGCAUAUUCCGCUGCGUUGCAAAUUGAUAAAGUCUGCUACCUGCAACAUUUGAAGACCUUGUCGCCUUCGAGUGCCGAGCAAAUGGCCGAGAACUCCCUCAUGCUGGGAAGGAUGCUUGAGGCGGAGACCAUUUUGUUGCACAAUCGCAAAUUCGGCCAGGCUGUCGCCUUGGCUCUGCGCAUGCACAACUGGAAGAGAGCUCUGGAGAUUGCCCAGAAGCAUCAAGGCGAUCAGUUGGACGUGGAUCUGGUACAAAAGGUUCUUCGAGAGCGACAGCGUUAUCUUAAGGCUCUACAACGCGACGAAUGGGAUGCACUCUAUCUAAAUUAUGCAGUCAAGGAUGAGAAUUCUAGUGAUUAAAAAGAAAUGGACUA